GUGUGUGUGUGUGUGUGUGAAGUUCUUGAGUGUGAGAGACACAGAGACAGAGAGAGAGAGAGAGAGUUUUGAUCCACCCUCCACUGCUGCAUCAAAAAGAACACUGAGAUGGAGUGUGUGUGACUGAUGUGGUUGAUUCUCCAUCAGGAAUCACAGACACUAACAUCAUCUACAGUGACGGAGUGGUGAGUGAGGAUGAACUGGGUGACAUUCUACGCUGUGAUCAGUGGUGGUAGUCGUCACUCCACGGCUCUGGGGCGAGUGUGGCUCUCGGUGCUCUUUGUGUUCCGUGUGUUGGUGUUGGCUGUGGCAGCGGAGAGCGUGUGGAGUGAUGAGCGUGAGCAGUUCACAUGUAACACGCAGCAGCCAGGCUGCAACAGCGUGUGCUACGACCACUUCUUUCCCAUCUCACACACUCGCCUGUGGGCACUGCAGCUCAUUCUGGUGUCCAGCGCCACCUUGCUAGUGCACAUGCACGUCGUGCACCGGAAGCACCUGCAGAAAAAGAUGCGGCGCCACCACCCAGGUUCAGGCGAGCUGGAACGAAUUGCCGCACGUGCCACGGAGAUUAGCGGUGCCCUCUGGUGGACGUACAUCCUCAGCCUCUUGGUGCGUGUCGCUUUUGAGUCGGCCUUCCUCUACCUGUUCUAUGCCAUAUACCCCGGAUAUCGGAUGUUCCGGCUGGUCAAGUGCGAUGCCUAUCCGUGUCCCAACAUCGUUGACUGUUUCGUCUCACGUCCCACUGAGAAAACUGUCUUCACCAUCUUCAUGCUGGCUGUCUCAGGUGUCUGUGUCCUCCUCAACAUUGCAGAGAUCAUCUUCCUCAUUGCCCACGCUGUGAGCAAACACCUGAACUCCAGCGACCAGUCGCAUGUGGGAGCCUGGAUCAGCCACAAACUGUUCUCCUACUAAAGAGCUGUUUUAUUUAAAUGAAAAACACUCAUCUUCACACUGCUUCACCUCACUGCAUCACCAUGUUCACACUGACAUGCUCACACUCACCAACAAACCACUGUGCUGUAUAUUUUAGCUAACAUUAAUGACAUUGAGUGACUAAUGAAGUUUAAUAACAAUCUAAUCUAACCUAAGCUUCCAUCUGUCACACUGUGAAAUCAGCCUUAACAGUUGACUAGAUAACUAACUAAUUUAACUAAUCUAACUAAUAACUAAUGAUUUAACUAAUUGUGAGGUGGAAUGUGACACGGAAUAAAAAGGUACAUAAGAGCAGGCGUAGGGUCCCUAUGUAGGCAGCAUGUUAGUGCUCCCUUAAAUACACAACGAGUCAGGAGUGCGUUUAAAGGUGGUUCGGUCUCUGAGCUCUUGGCUAACAGAAGAGUUUACCUUGAAUGGGACAUUAUAUGGUAUCAUCAUGUCAUUUACAUAUGAUAAUUAAUAACAAAAGGUUUUUGACUCAUACUUUUAAAAUGAUUUUAAACAGUGAAUAAAUGUAAUAUAUUGAAAAAAACCC